AUGGUAGAGCUCAUCGCCGGCAACGGCAAGCCUUUGUUGGGCGCCGACCUGGACGCCAAGGUCUUCGAGAAGAUGAAUUGCACAGUCGGGACACAAGGCAUCGUCCAGUGGCCGGGGCUGCAGAGGCUGGCGACACGCGAUCUGGCGGCCGAGCUGCGGGACAAGGGCUGCCCCGCGUACACCGGCUGCCUGCGGGAGGUGUUCCCGAAGGAGGUGCUCUCGGAGGCCGACUUCGAGGUUCUCAGCGGCCUGCUCGACGCAAACCCGGAGCGCAGGCUGACCGCCAAGGCCGUGCUCCGGAAACCAUGGUUCCGGCGCUUUAGGUUGGCUGGAUUCUGCUUCGUGCCGUGA